AUGUUUAAUGAUUCACUUAAGCCUCUACUUCAACUUUUUGCACGUCUUGCCUGGUACAAUAUUGGCUAUAUCGAUUGGGAAUCAUGGUUAGCACAGGAUUAUACAAAAGAGGCUGCUGAAGCUUGUCAAUAUUUGGCCAUGCUUCGACCAGAAUCUAUUGUGUCACCAAUUGUUGAUAAACUUCUCUUAUCCAUCGACAAUCUAAUAGAAGCACAUCGUUUUACAUCACUUAUGCACUGUCUCAAACGUAUGACUCGUCAAUUAGUACGACAAACAUCGUCCUAUUUCCAAGGACAAACUUAUAUUCUACCAUUACUCAUGUCAGUAUUACCCGGUAUUGAUUUGAAUGAUAUUGAAAAGACAUCAAUGACAUUGGACUUUUUCGAUGCUAUUUUCAUGUUAAUCUCAUGUGUCGAUUGCUCAUCAGCGGUACACACUCGAAAUGAUCUCAAUGAGGAUUCUUAUGAAGCUAUUGCUAAAGCAAUUCAAAAUUUACUUCGAUCACUUUUGAAUAUUUAUCCAAUGAAUUAUCGUCUUACUCGAGAAAAACUUGACGAACCAUUCAUUGAUUUCUUACCUAUUCGAAUCUGGGGACAAAAUGCUGAUUUUGAUCAAAUUCAAGUUCAAUAUCACAUUCCUAAUGUUGAUGAAAUCGAUUUUGCUUGUGACUUUGUCAAUACAUUUAUCUAUUCAGAAUUGAUGUUUUUGAAAGAGAACUUUUUGAAAGUAUCCAAAGAUGAACGACUACGAUCGCUGACAGUUAUUAGUAGCCUCGCUAUUGGAUGUUUUCGUAUUGUAUCACGUAUCGAAAGCAAAGAGGUACCAAAUCUGUAA